AUGAGCAUAAGGGCGAACCUGCCCAGCAGUGGUGUUGGGACAGCUGUGCACGUGCACCACAUUCCAUACCCCAUCCCAUACCCCAUUCCAUACCCCAUCACAUACCCCAUUCCAUACCCCAUCCCAUACCCCAUUCCAUACCCCAUCCCAUACCCCAUUCCAUACCCCAUCCCAUACCCCAUUCCAUACCCCAUCCCAUACCCCAUCCCAUACCCCAUCCCAUACCCCAUCCCAUACCCCAUCCCAUACCCCAUCCCGUACCCCAUCCCGUACCCCAUCCCAUGCCCCAUCCCAUACCCCAUCCCAUACCACAUCCCAUGCCCCAUCCCAUACCCCAUCCCAUACCCCAUCCCAUACCCCAUCCCAUACCCCAUCCCAUACCCCAUCCCAUACCCCAUCCCAUACCCCAUCCCAUACCCCAUCCCAUACCCCAUCCCAUACCCCAUCCCAUACCCAAUCCCAUACCCCAUCCCAUACCCCAUCCCAUACCCCAUCCCAUACCCCAUCCCAUACCCCAUCCCAUACCCCAUCCCAUACCCCAUCCCGUACCACAUCCCGUACCCCAUCCCCUGUCGUCUGUUUGAUAUUAUGAUCCCAUCCUGCCAGGCCUUCAUGCCAGCAACACAUGUCCCUCUCCCACUCACCCACCCUCUUCCCGCCAUCGACCUCCCAUCUGCUCCCGACUGUCGCAAGUCGCACUCUCAUGCAGCACCGGUCUCCCCAUUCCUCCUUCCAAGGGAUCCAUUGCAGGGUGCCCCUCCUGCCUUUCAGCUUCCCCAAUUUGAUUCUACAAUCCCAUCAUGCCUUAUCCUUGAUCCCAUCGUGCCCCUUCCUGUCCCAUCUUGCCCCUUACCGUUCAUCCUUGUGCUCUUCCCACUAUUGAUUUCCCGACUUCUCCCUCCACCAUCGCAGCAGCACCGUAACCAUCGCACCCUCAGGCAGCACCUCUCCCUCCCCCAACAACAUCACCCGCACCCGCCAAGCAGUGGUCAUCGCACCCUCAGGCAGCACCUCUCCCUCCCUUUCACAUCACCUACACCACAACUGCCUGCUGUGCUAGUCAUGUCUUGGUCUCUCAGCUCUAUGCACCUAUGUCAGUCAUCAACUAAGGGGAAGCAGCUACAGCAGCAGCAACAGCAGCAGCAGCAACAGCCGCAGGGACAGCAGCAGAAGAAGCAGCAGACCCAGCAGCAACAGCAGCAGCAGCAACAGCAGCCGCAGCAGCAACCUCAGGCACCUGCUACAGCAGAGGACAAGGGGGAAAAGAAGAAGAAGAAGCGGUGGUAUAAGCCAAAAAACGGAGGAGGCCCCGCAAGGGGCCAGCGCAGCUAA